GUGGGACUAUGGGUUCGAGCCCCACUCCUGAGGGCAGCCAGAGAGAGUGCGUGGUCCGAGCCUGCCAUCCCCGUCCCGGGGCUAGACCGGGAGCAUGGAAAAGGAACAGGGUGCAGCAGCGGCUGAUGUAGACCUCCCUGCCCAGCCGGCCAGUAGAGACCCCCCUGCGGAGCCCCCGGAAGAGAGUGGGGAGGCCGAGGAGGGCUCCCCAGCCAUGUACAGCUACAUCAAGGAUGAUCUGUUCACGUCGGAGAUCUACAAGGUGGAGAUCCAGAAUGUGCCCCGCUACGUGGGUUUCAACGACGUGAAGAAGUUCCUGGCCAAGUUUGGGCUGCAGCCACACAAGACUAAGCUGUUCGGCCGCCAGCCCUUCGCCUUCGUGACCUUUAAGAGCCAGGAGGAGCGGGACCGCGCCAUGAAGGUGCUGCACGGGGCGCUGUGGAAGGGCCGCUGCCUGAGCAUCCGCCUGGCCAAGCCCAAGGCCGACCCCAUGGCCAAGAAGAGGAAGCGGGACGGCGAGGAGGGGGCCCCGGUGGAGGCCAAGCGCCCUGCCCUGGGGGCAGCGGAGCCCCCUUCCGCAGCUGAGGAGCCCUCAGCCAAGCAGAUUGCCGAUGUGGUCACUCCGCUGUGGACCCUCCCCUAUGAGGAGCAGCUGGAGAGGAAGCAGCAGGAGUGCGAGCAUGUGCUGCAGAAACUGACCAAGGAGAUCGGGAACAACAACCGCGCGCUGCUGCCAUGGCUCUUCGUGCAGAAGCAGAAGUUCAGCAAACUCUGCUGUCCCCUGGAAGGCAUCAAGGCGUCCCCCCUACAGACCGAGUACCGCAACAAGUGUGAGUUCCUGAUCGGCGUCGGUGUGGGCUGCCAGGACAAGACGGUGGGCUGCCGGCUGGGCAAGUACAAGGGCGGCUCCUGCGCCGUGGCCGAGCCCUUCGACACCGUCCACAUCCCGGCGGGCACCAAGCGCGUGGUCCGGGCCUUCCAGGAGUACAUCCGGUCCACCCCGUACCCCGUGUACAGCCCAGAGACGUACGAGGGACACUGGCGCCAGCUGACGGUGCGCACCAGCCGCAGCGGAGAGAUCAUGGCCAUCGUCUACUUCCACCCCCAGAAACUCAGUCCAGAAGAACUGGCAGGCCUGAAAGCAUCCCUCGGCCAGCACUUCACUGUGGGGCCCGGCCAGCCCAGCGGGGUGACGUCUCUCUACUUCGUGGAAGAGGGUCAGAGGAAGUCUCCCAACCGAGAGGACCUGCCCUUGGAGCACGUCGCCGGAGAGAAGUACAUCCACGAGGAGCUUCUGGGGCUCAAGUUCCGGAUUUCUCCUCAUGCGUUUUUCCAGGUGAACACGCCGGCCGCAGAAGUCCUCUACAGGACCAUUCAGGACUGGGCCCAGCUGGAUGGGGAGAGCACCGUGCUGGACGUCUGCUGUGGCACCGGCACCAUCGGCCUCUCCCUGGCCCAGAAAGUGAAGAAAGUGAUUGGCAUCGAGCUCUGCCAGGAAGCAGUGGAAGACGCCCGCGUGAAUGCCAAGAUUAAUGCCCUGGACAACAUCGAGUUUCGCUGCGGCAAGGCUGAGGACCUGGUGCCCUCCCUGAUGAGCUCCUUGGCCUCCCAGAGGCUGACCGCCAUCGUGGACCCCCCCCGAGCUGGGCUGCACUCCAAAGUCAUCCUGGCCCUCCGGAGGGCUGAGCACCUCAAGAGGCUCCUCUACGUCUCCUGCAACCCCCGGGCGGCCAUGAGCAACUUUGUGGACCUGUGCCGGGCCCCUUCCAACAGGGUGAAGGGCGCUCCCUUCCGCCCGGUCAGGGCCGUGGCCGUGGACCUGUUCCCGCAGACGCUGCACUGUGAGAUGCUGAUUCUGUUUGAGCGGGUGGAGCAUCCCCACGACUCCUCGGCCGUCGCGGGGGGUCCUCCCCCACAGAGCCCGUCCCCCACCACCCCCAGAGCCGAGGGGGCCGAGCCGCCCGGCGGGGCAGACCCUGGAGGGCCACAGACUCCUGGGGCUCCUCCUGGGGACCCCGACGGGAGCCCCGGCCUCCUGCCUUCUGCCGCCUCUGUUUCAUAGCUCCCGCCAGACCCCUCCUACACGCAGGCCCCCAGGACCAGGAAGGGCCCGUCCAGGGGGGCCAGAGCCCAGGGCCGGAGAGGGGGAAAGAGCCCAGGUUCCUCCAGGCGAGCCUGGAGCCGGAGGAGGCCCCACAAGGCAGCAGCCCUCAGAAGGGGGAGCUGCCGUCGCCCCACGGGGUGCUGAAAUAAAUGGUUUUGGAGUUAA